CCUCACUGACACCGUUCUCUGUCAUGUCGGUUGACUGGGGAUGAUGUGGCCGUUGGGCUGAGGGCUAAAUCUGACUAUUAGUAGUCCCCAGAACCGCCCGCUUGGUCCCUUUUGCUUUUCAUCCGGUCUUCAUUCGUUCUGUCUCACAAUUUCAGUCACAUCGUGCUGGUCACUCGUUUCUUAACCAAUUGCCCAACUUCGUCACAGUCUCUUUUCCCUUCUCUCUCUCUCUCUCUCUCUAUCACACACACAACAGAUAAUCUAGACUAUUUCUUCAUCUCCCCCUCCCGCUUCCACUCCACAGACCGGUCCACAUCUCUCCCGUAAUCCCACCCCUUCUUCAAGUCAAGAUGCGCGCUUCCGUCACUUCUGCAACGGCGCUCCUCGCCACCAUGGUCUCUGCCCACGGCAACAUCGUCUCACCUCCCGCCCGCGCGGCCGGUGCGGCCAUGGCCGCAGCCUGCGGAGAGGCAAAUGUCCAGGCCGUGACGACGGACCCUACCAUUCCGCUGGAGGACCUCACCAACCCGCCUGCUACUUGCCAGGUGGACCUCUGCCGAGGCGCAAAGUUCGAGGACAACACGGCCAACGUGCAGACGUUCAAGCCGGGCGAGGUUGUCCAGAUGAAGGCAGCGAUUCCGAUCCCGCACGAGGGACCUAUGAACGUGUCCGUCGUCGACACGGCCACGAACAAGGUCAUCGGCGAGCCGCUCAUCGUCUUCGACACCUACGCGGACGAGAAGCUGCCGCAGCUGCCGGCGAACAACACCGACUUCUCCGUCACCAUGCCGAACCUGCCGGCCGGCACUUGCGCUCAGGGCGGCCAGUGUGUGCUGCAGUGGUUCUGGGUCGGCACGAGCGCGAAGCAGACGUACGAGAGCUGCGUGGACUUUGUCAUGGGCUGAUAGAGAGGGUUUUAUAUAAUGUCGAUCUAACUCUUCCUUUUCCUUCAAAGGUUUUCCUCUUAGAGAUAUGGGAGGCCCCUUUUUCUGUUUAUUUCUUCAUCUUCUCCCAUCUCCUCUUGAAGGGGUUUUGGAGCACGUAGAUCAGCGUUACAUAUAUGCCUUAAAAUGCUAUGCUACAUUGGCUGAAGCAUGUCGCAAACUUCUCGCUUGAUUGACGUGACAUAAAAUUACUCGACCAAUUCCUUUCUCCAUGUACUUUUCGC